CCUGUCAACAGUAACAUCCAGUGAAUGCUCGUUAGAGAAUGACUGGACUACUUCAGCUGUUGUUACUGGUCAGCAUGACCGUGGCCUCCGAGCCAUCGUGUCCAGCAUGCUCCAAAUACGACUACGAGGAAAAGGUGCUCGAGAGAAUGAUCCGCAUGGAGUUCGCUUUUGAGAAAGUGUUAAAGGAAAACAAGGCUGUAAGCAAAACUGUUGAGCAAGACCUAAUGCUGAUCAAGGAGGAAAACGAACGUUUGCACGCGACAGUUGAUGCCCUAAAGGAUCAACAGGAGCAAGCGGAACGUAAACUGGUUUCGCUUAUGGAGGAAGUUGAGAGAAACCAGUCCAGCACACUGGAGAAGAUAGUUUCCGAUUCUAACAAUACGUUAGAACAAACUAUUGCCGCCUUCAAUGAUAUAAAAGACCAAAUCGCUACUCAACUGGUGUACUUCCACGCCCGCUCUCCAAAGACCAGCAGCCUGUCCACAGGUGAGGUGAUAGUGUACACGGCAGUGGAGACCAACAAGGGCAACGGCUACAGCACCACCACGGGCAAGUUCACCGCUCCCGUACGGGGACUCUACUUGUUCUUCAUGCACACGUGUACGCCUACAAAUAAAUAUACUUAUCUCCAGAUAUUGAAGGAAGGUUCAGUCCUAAUUGCAAGUGAAUAUUAUGCCAAAGCCACUUCUACCUGUUCCAGUAGUCAGGCAUUUGUUCAGCUUGAUGCCGGAGAAACCGUAUGGGUACAAUGUUCCACUAGUUCACACCUAUAUGAGGGUCUUCCUUACCGUUGGACCAGUUUUGGUGGUGCUCUCAUUCACAACUAACGUUCUUAUGUCAUCAUACUUGGAAAAGCCAGUAUGUCAGUGAUUAUUUAAUUAUCUUAAAAAAAUUAAAUAGGAUGAUUACGUUAUUGUUUUUUGUUACCAUAUACGGGUUGUUAACAAUUAUAAGAUAUGUCUUUGUAAACCGCCUGUAUGAUAUGUCAAGUAUAUAAAACGGAGGACACGUAUGUUAAAAUGAGAAUGGUUUUGUAUUUUAACUAAGAAAGCACUAUGUUGACAUUAUGUAUUAUUUUAAUAUUUCUUAUUUAAUCAGUAAUGCAUUGUUGACCAUCAAUCCGUUGUUUUGAAACCGUUCUGUCCUGAUAAAACC